AUGUCUUCAACUGAGGAGUGAGAUUGGAUAUGGAUCUUGACUGGGUUGUUCUUUUCAUGGGAAGGACCCUGGAAAAGGAGUGCAAGAGAGGGGUUCUCAAAGAGCAUACCUGAUGUCAGAUCCCUCCUCUUUCCAUCAUGUUCCAGUGCCUCUGAAAUGCUCAACUUUACCACCAUGACACCAACAAGUUCAUGUGAGGGUUUGACCAUGAGUACCCAGCCACACACUGUGACCAAGGCAGAGAUCCCUGGCCAUGUUCUUUACACCGUAGGAACGUGUGUGCUCAUUAUUGGCUCCAUUGGCAUCAUUGGAAACCUCCUAGUCCUCUACGCAUUUUACAGCAACAAGAAGCUGAGGACUCCCCAAAACUACUUCAUAAUGAAUUUAGCUGUGAGCGACUUCCUGAUGUCGGCUACUCAGGCACCCAUGUGCUUUGUCAACAGCUUGCACAGAGAAUGGAUACUUGGAGACAUAGGAAAGCCCCUGACAUUGCCAUUUCCUUCUCCAGGCUGUAACCUGUAUGCUUUCUGCGGGGCUCUCUUUGGGAUAACCUCGAUGAUGACUCUGCUGGCCAUCUCUGUGGACCGCUACCUGGUGAUCACAAAGCCCCUGCAGUCCAUCCAGUGGACUUCCAAGAGACGCACCGUGCAGAUCAUCGCCCUGGUGUGGCUCUACUCGCUGGGGUGGAGCGUGGCUCCACUCCUCGGCUGGAGUUCCUAUGUGCCUGAGGGCCUGAUGAUAUCCUGCACAUGGGACUAUGUAACCUACUCCCCUGCGAACAGAAGCUACACCAUGAUUUUAUGCUGCUGUGUGUUUUUUAUCCCCCUGGUAAUAAUAUUCCACUGCUAUUUAUCGAUGUUCCUGGCCAUAAGGCGCACUGGCAGAGAUGUUGAAAAGCUGGGGUCCUGCAGCCGGAAAUCCUACCUCUCUCAGUCCAUGAAGAAUGAGUGGAAGCUGGCAAAAAUUGCUUUUGUGGUCAUCAUUGUGUUUGUCUUGUCCUGGUCUCCAUAUGCUUGUGUCACCUUAAUUGCCUGGGCAGGUCGAGGCAACAGCCUAACCCCAUAUUCCAAAUCUGUGCCAGCAGUUAUUGCCAAAGCUUCUGCAAUCUACAACCCCAUCAUUUAUGCAAUAAUUCACCCAAGAUACAGGAAAACCAUCCACAGAGCUGUUCCCUGCUUGAGGUUCCUGAUACGAAUAUCAAAGAAUGACCUCCUGAGGGGAUCCAUAAAUGAGUCAUCCUUCAGGACCUCUCUCUGCAGCCAUCACUCUCUUGCUGGCAGGACCAAGAGCACUUGUGUUUCCUCUGUUUCUACUGGAGAAGCUACCUGGAGCAAUGUAGAGCUCAACCCUGUGGAGCCAGCUCAAGAGAAACUGAAGCCUCGCCGAAGUCAUUCUUUCUCCACAGGUGUGAGACAAGAGAAAAGAGACCUGCUCCCAAAGACCUGCAGCUGUGAUGCAGCCACUGCCCCAAAGGUUUCACUGUCCUCCAGUUCUUUGGAGAAGGUGCUUGGGCAGCCUGCCCUACCCAGUCCCUCUGCAGCACUCAUGACCAGCUCCCUGAGAGCAACUUCUCUGCCUGUCAGAUUGAAUAGCAGCAGUGUCACCAGUGGAGACUCAAGUACUUCCCAUAUGGCAGAUCAAGGAAGUCAAGUGAAUGGAGUUGUGGAUUCUCUGACUAGCAAUGCAGUCCCUCGCAUCAUCAUCAUUCCUACCUCAGAAACCAAUCUGUUUCAAGAAGAACUGGAAGAGGAAGAGACUGAAUUAUUCCAUUUUCAUGACAAAAAGAGCAAUCUGCUGGACUUGGAAGGGCUUAGCUCAUCCAUGGAGUUCCUUGAAGCUGUUGAGAAAUUUCUAUCCUAA